AUGCCUUCCACGCAAGAACCGACUGAACAGGUCAGGUUCCUCGUCUCUUGUAUUGGACACACUAACAAUGGACGCCCCGACUUUGCGGCCGUUGCUGAAGAGCUGGGCAUUGUUUCCAAAGCCGCAGCCCAGAAGCGGUACGAGCGCAUGCUCAAAGCCCAUGGUGUCAGCACCGCCAGGUCGCCUGCCAAGGAGGCUGAGGAGCUUCCCAGCCCCGACACAACUCCCGUGAAGCGCAAGGCUGCGGCUCCCCGGGCUGCCUCCGGCUCUGCCAAGAAGCCCAGGGCUGGCAAAGCCAAGGUGAAGAAGCACGAGUCUGAUGACGAGCCCCUUGACACCAAGGACGAUGUCAAGAAGGCGGAGGAUUCCGACUCUGGCCUUUCCGAUGUCCCUUUGAUUGAUUGUUCAGAGAUUUGA